AUGUCUGACAGUAGAACCGUGGUCGUUACAGGAGCCUCUUCAGGAAUUGGGUUGGCAGUAGCCAAGGAGUUUGCCUUGAAUGGUUACAAUGUUAUAGCUGGGGCUAGAAGACUUUCCUCUAUGGAAGAGUUGAAAAAGUACAGCAUCACAACUGUAGAGUUAGACAUCGCCUCCCCUGAAUCGGUUGAAAAACUUAGGAAGUUGGUUGAAACCGAAUACGAUGGGGCCAUCAAGUAUCUUUUGAAUAAUGCUGGUCAAAGCUGUACCUCAGCAGCUGUUGAAGUAUCUGAUGAUAAGCUCUCCAAAUGCUUCGAAGUGAAUGUUUUUGGUCAUAUAAGAGUUACCAGAGAAUUAGCUCCGUUUGUGAUAAAAACAAAAGGUACCAUUGGAUUCACUGGCUCUGUUCAAGGUAUCCUGGAAACCAUGUUUCUAGGAGUUUAUGCGAGUUCAAAGGCUGCAAUUCAGUCAUACGCUUCGGGGUUGGCGUUUGAAAUGGCACCUUUUGGCGUGAAGGUCAUCAACUUUGUUACAGGAGGUGUCAAUACCGCAAUGAGAGGAUUCAAUUUGAAAACUGUGCUUUAUAAUGAAGAGGGAUUGGAAGAGGUAGCGAAGGCCUACGAUUCACUUCCGAACAAAAACAUGGACGCCCAUGUCUAUGCGAAAAAGGUUGUCAAAGACUUCGAACAUUCUAAAUUGGGUGUUAUUCACCAUUAUAGAGGUACUGGGUCCACUAUUCUUUGGAUAGCUCAUACUUUCUUCCCCAAAUUCGUUUUGAGUAUGUUGUUUGUGCUGGCGUUUAAGUUAUCGACUCUUCUUAAAUCGAUAACUAACAAGUAUAAAUGA